AGCUGCGCUCUUCCUCCCUUCUGCUGCUGCUGCUGCUGGACCAGCAAGAACAGCUUUGAACCGGUUUCCUUCCAUCUAGCAAAGCGGACUGAUGCACACAAUGCGCAUUGUUGCUACUCGGUCCUUUCCUCGCACACGCACCGCGGCUCAGACGGAGGCUCAGGUGGAGCAGCGUCCGCGGACGAUGCGCCCUCGUUUGCGUGAUUAGCGGGGAUCCUGUGAGAAGGGAUUUUCUAUUCGGUGAACGCUCCUGCAUGGAAAGCUCCUGUAGAGCGCGCAGCUGUGCAGGCGCCUGCUGCUGCUGUUUGUGUAGAUGCUGAGGAACCCCUGGUCCGUCCGAGCCGCUGCAGAUCCCAGAGGGCAGCAGUGAAUUCAGCACCAUGGCUCCAUCCGCUAAAGUGCUGGACGGAGGCUGGGGAUGGGCCAUCGUCGUGGCCUCCUUCAUGGCCCAGUUCCUGGCCUAUGGAUCGCCCCAGUCAAUGGGCGUGCUCUACCCCGAGUGGCUGCACGCCUACCAGGAGGGCAAGGGCAUGACGGCCUGGGUGGGCUCCCUCGUGGGUGGAGUGGGACUGAUAGCCAGUCCCAUAUGCAGUGCAUGUGUGGACAGCUUCGGGGCUCGUCCCGUGACCAUCUUCAGUGGCGUGAUGGUGGCAGGUGGCCUGAUGCUCAGUGCCUUUGCUCCCAACGUGCAGUUCCUCAUCUUCUCCUAUGGGAUUGUUGUUGGCCUGGGUUGCGGUCUGGUCUACGCUGCCACGUUGACAAUCACAUGUCAGUAUUUUGACAAAAGACGCGGCCUCGCUCUCGGGAUUGUCACCACAGGCACAAGUGUUGGAGCGUUCAUCUAUGCCUCCGCUCAGAAUGAGCUGAUUGCACUGUACGGCCUGGACGGCUGCCUGCUCAUCAUCGGGGCUUUAGCACUCAACCUCAUGGCGUGCGCCGGCUUCAUGAGGCCUCUGUACAUGCCGGGGUACUACCUCAAACAGAAAGCCGCCCUGGAGCGCAGCACGGAGGAGCAGCUCUUCGAGAAGCCCGUGGUGAACGACCUGCAGAUCACCGCAGGCUCCACCGUGACCAGUCCAGAGAAAAGUCUGACAGUGAAGGAGAUGCUCAUCACCAUCGAUGGCAAGGAUGUGGGAGUCCAGACGGAGAAGACAGGCAGCUUCUUGUCUGGGUGGGCCAUCAUGAAAGUCAUCAAGAACAAUCAGCAGGCGUACUCCAGGUACAUUCACUCCAUGUAUGAGAUCCUGCAGAACCAAGCCAUGGUGGCAUUCUGCUUCGCGGUGUUCUUGUUCAGCCUGGGGGCGUUCCCUCCCGUGCUCUUCAUAGAGGAUGUUGCGCAGAGUCAGGGACUCAUCGAAGAAGUUAGCGUCAUCCCUCUGGUAUCCAUAGGAGCCAUCGCCUCGUGCGUGGGUAAACUAGCGCUCGGUGGGCUGGUGGACAUCCGGUGGAUCAACAGCAUUUAUCUGUAUGCCUUCACGAUGUUCGCAGGCGGUGUGACGCUACUCCUUCUACCUCUCACUAAGACUUACCUGGGACUGCAGAUCCUGUCUGCUGUGUUGGGUUUCUUCUCUGGGAACUGGUCUCUCACCUCUUACAUCACCACACAGAUUGUCGGCUUGGACAGACUAACCCAAGCACACGGCAUCCUCAUGUUCUUCGGGGGACUCGGGAUCAUGCUUGGACCCCCGGUUGUAGGGUGGUUCUUUGACUGGACACAGUCAUAUGAUUUGGCGUUCUACUUUAGUGGGAGCUGUGUGGUGCUGGGAGGAUGCAUUCUCACUCUGCUCACCCUUCCCUGCUGGAACAGGAAGCGCGCUGAGAUCGACAGACCUGACGUCCACUACACCAGCAACUGUGACAAAGUUGCCUCGGUAGCCUGAACGUGACCUUCUCUCAUAAGGACUCACGUCUUACCCCUACUGCCAAACAAUCGUCCACUGUACCUAAACCACCUGUAGCAGAAUUUCCUUUGAGUGUAUAGGGGUUCCUCUCUUGUAAACUAAUUAACCAAAUGAAGUUGCAGAGGUUUUGAAAUUCAGGCCUUUCUUCUGCCCUUUGCCUGCAUUUCUCAUUUUCACCCUGUGUGUCUUUGUGUUGCGCAAUGUGGCAAAGUGUGGUGGAGUACUGCACCCACUGUACCACAGCGGCAGUUUCUCAUACUUUGGCAACUGUGCAAGAUAGAGACACAAAGAUUGACAGGUGUGUAGUUGAGAUCAAAACAAAGGCUUAGUUUGAAGUUAGGUCUGGUCUGACUGUAGACUGUGUGUAAGAUGGACGGCCUGUCCCAUUAUUCAGAAAUUAAGCCAAAAUGUCCUAGAACCCCUCAAACCCUAUCACGAUGGACAUUUGGGGCCAGAGUCUGCACAGAGGUGAUCAGGGUAUGGAGCUGUCGUGAGGUCCACGACUCAUUGAACCAAUUGCGAGACGGUCUUAGCUGUCUCCCUGUUUUUAUAGCAUCAAAUAUUUAAUUAAUAUCAAACUUACAAGAAGGAGUAACACUUGAGAAAACAUCAGUGUGAUAAGAACUACCCAAAACAACAGAAACUGUAUUUCACAUGCACUUUUACUUUUUGUUUGGUACAUGUCCCAUCCACUAACACGGAGGAGCUGGUGUUUAUGACCUAUACUGCAGCCAGACACUUUGGCUUCCCUUGUGAGGAUCUGUCCUGUUGUCCUUCCUUAUGUACUGUGUAUGUGUCUGAGCCAUGAGUACUGAUAAGUAAUGAUGUAAUAAUAAUAGUAACUUCUCAGUACUCAUGGGUUGGAACUGGUGAGGUCCCAUUGCCAGAUGGUGUCUGGCUUUAAAGAUUUGACUCCGGUGUCUGUGGUGAUAAUCCUUUUUUUUUUUAUGUCGCCUCAUUUUACGAGGCAAACUGAACAAUAUGCUUCAACUCCCAAAUUCUACACUGUGUUUAUACAAACAGUGGCUGUCACUUAACUGCAGAGCUAAAACAAAAUUGUGGUUCAUGGGACACUGGGUAGAGAGACAUCUGUAAAAUCAGCAGUAAACUUAAUGCUGCGGUUCAUUUGUCACAGUAAGAAUCCCUCUGCUAAUGCACAAAAAUCUCACCCAGGAAUCUGACUUGAGCAGACAACACAGGGAUCUGAACGAAGGAGGGAGUCUUUUUAUGAUAAUCGUAAAAAUUAUAGCAACACACCCUUUUGUUUUGUAUUUUGCUUUAAAUAUAUACAAAUAUAUCUUUAAAACACCACUAUGUAUCUUACCAAAGCAUCAAUUAUUGUCAAUGCCUGUCAACACAUAAUGCCUGUUGAAACAAUACAAGAGCCUCGCUUUAAAGAUAAUUUUUGUUUUCAAGUGCAUUGACUGAAUUUCUACCUUUUUUGUAAUUGUUUGAGUUCCACAUACCUCGUGUGUAUGGAUCAUACGGAGCCUUUUAAAGAUGCUGAUUCAAUAACAUGUAAAAAUUACUGAAGGGGUCGUACUGUAUUUCAACGUCAUGAGCAUGUUGAUUCUCUGUGGCAUGUUUAUCAUGAUCUCUGCUAGCAUUCGUUUUGACCUGGCUGGUCCUUUUCAUCAUGUUGUGUACAUGUAUACGUAUAUAUGUAUAUGUUAAUGUGUGUGAUGUGUGUGUACUUGUUUGCACAUGCACACCCUCCUACAUGCACAGGCGUGAGGGUGCAUUGUUUGAUAAACUUUUGUACUAGCACUAAUUUGUAAAGUCCCACAUGCUAGUGACUUUUGUAUGCACAAAACUGGCCAUAGAGCUGAACUUUUUUUUAUUUUCAAGUUGAAAGAGGAUUAGUGUGACAAUUGUAAUGAAUAUGUUGCAACACACUUUGAGAAUCACUCAAAUGCUGUUAAAUACACAACUGCAAAUGUCUUUUUGAUAGAUUCAGACUUAAAUGUUUUCUUUGUGUUUGUAGAUGAUAUUUACAAUGUGCUGAUGACGUACAAUUAGUACUGAUCUAAAAGUGACAGUAUGGUUUGUUGUCACCUUUUAGCUACUCUUAUUUUUUAUGCCAGUAUUACAAUAUUUAUGUAUGUAUUUCUGAUUUCUGAUUUCGUUUAUAAAGUGCCAAUACAAUAUAUUUGGAUUAAAGAAGUUGAGAUGUUGGUA